AUGGUGUGUGAUCUAAGAAUCGUUCUUCUUGGAAAAAGUGUAUCAGAAAACAUUCGAAUCAGAAAUUUAAUCCUGGGAAAAGAUCCAUGUGAUAAUGAAGAUCCGGCAGCCAUUUUGAGGCACAAUGUGACGCAGAUGGCUGGAAGAGUGAAAGGCAGACAUGUGAGGGUCAUUAACACUCUUCAUCUGCUGAAUCCAGACACUACAGAUCAUCAGAUCACACAGACAGUCAAAGAGUGUGUAGAAAUGUCUGACCCAGGACCUCAUGUGUUCAUACUUGUACUACAGUACAAAGACUUCACAGAGGACGACAUGAGAAGAGUCAAAUAUGUGCUCAACACAUUCAGUGAAGAUGCACUUAAACACACCAUUGCUCUCACCACUGAUAAAGAGACACCCAGAUCAAUGUUAAGUGCUUUAUUCAGCCUUACAGCACAACAGACUGGAGGCUCUGCUGCGGUGCAAACUAUUCAUCAGUUAAUGAAGGAGUGUGGAAGAGGACAUCUGCAGCUGGAUGAGGGAAAUAAAGCAGAUAUAUUUCAACUGAUCGAUAAGAUUCUGCAGGAAAAUCAGGAAGUGUAUCUCACAUGUGACACAUAUAGUGAGGUUAUGGGAACUUCUGUGGAUGAAGAGCCAGCCAGUUUAGAGGAUAAAAAUGAGAAGAGCCCUCGCCACAGUGAUGAUGGAAAACCCAAAGAGGCACAGAAACUGAGAAGUGAAGAAGGGAGACUCUCUGAUUAUACCGGACAUAGUCCAACAGCGAUUACAAUUGCCAAUUUGUCUGCAACCCUCACUGGGAGACAGAAGCUGAAUGUGGUGCUCUGUGGAAGUAAUGGAUCACUUAAAGUCUCUGUGUCAAAACUUUUACGUGGAAAAAAGUCAAAAACAACAAGUCGGGAGGCAAGUAGUGAAAUACGCGUGAAGAAAGAGAAGAUUCAUGGUCGUCAGAUCAGUCUGCUGGAGCUUCCAGCUCUCAAUCGUCUCUCAGAAGAUGAAGUGAUGCGUCAGACUCUCCACUGUGUCUCUCUCUGUGAUUCUGAAGUUCAUGCUUUCCUCCUCAUUAUUCCUGUUGGUCCUCUGACUGAUGAAGAUAAAGCAGAAAUAGAGACAAUUAAAAGAACAUUUGACUCUUGUGAGCAAUUCAUACUAAUGUUCAUGACAAAACAGACUGCUGAAGGACCUGUGGGAGAUUUUGUUAAAGUCCACGAAGAUUCUAAACGAUUGUGCAGUCAGUAUGGUGGCAGAUACAAAGUGAUGGGGUUAAAGGAACUUGAAAAUGCAAAAAAGAUCCUAGAGCUGUUGAAUUACAUAGAGAACUUGAAAACUAAACCAUAUUCACUUCAGAUGUACAUGACAGCUCAUCAGAACAGAGUCAGAGGUGAACUGGAGGAAAAAAUGAGUGAAAUGGAAAAGAAAAUCAAAGACUUGCAACAGAGGAUUCAGACUGAAGGUUCCGCAGAUGAAACAGACAAUCAUGAAUGUCUGAGGAUUGUGCUAAUUGGGAGAACUGGAAGUGGAAAGAGUGCAACAGGAAACACUAUUCUUGGAAGAGAGGAGUUUUGCAGCCAAUUAAGGCCAGAUUCAGUGACGAAUGUCUGUGAGAAAGGAGUCGGAGAAGUUGAUGGUCGAUCCGUAGCUGUUGUUGAUACUCCAGGGCUCUUUGACACGACACUAACAAAUGAUCAAGUGGUGGAAGAAAUAGUGAAGUGUGUUUCACUGUCAGCUCCUGGACCUCAUGUGUUUGUCAUUGUGUUGAGUUUGGGAAGAUUCACCAAAGAGGAAACAGACACUGUAGACCUGAUCAAGAAGAUAUUUGGUACAAAAUCUGCUCAGUUCAGCAUCGUUCUGUUCACUAGAGGAGAUGAUCUCAAUGAGCCUAUAAAGGAUUAUGUAAGCAAAUAUAAUUGUGCAGAGCUCCAAAAACUGAUCAGAGAUUGUGGAAACAGAUUCCUGGCAUUCAAUAACAGAGAAAAACAAGACAAAAGUCAAGUGAUUGAGCUGUUAAAGAUGAUAGAAGAGGUGAAAACUAAUAAUCAGAGUGGAUACUUCACAAACAGCAUGUUUGAGGAGGCAGAGAUGUCCAUUAAGAAGAAGAUGGAAGAAAUACUGAAAGAGAGAGAAAGAGAGAUGCAGGCUCAAAAUGAGGCAUUAAAGGCCAAAUAUGAAAUUGAAAUGAAAAAUGUUAUGAAGAGACUCGAGGAAGAGAAACAAAGAGCAGAAGAGGAGAAGAUGAAAAUGGAGAAUAAAUUCAGAGAAAAAGAGCAAAACCUCAGAAAAGAGUUUGAAGAGAAGGAGAAAACAGAUCAGAUCAAGCAAGAGAUUCAACACCAGAAACGAUUAGAAGAGGAAAAACAGCAGAGAGCUGAAUAUCAUCAGAGAAUAGAAGAAAUGAUGAGAGAGAUAGAAAGCCAGAGAUCACAGUAUGAACAACAGCAGAAAGAAAGAGAAGAAGAAGACAGAAAGAGAGAAGAGAAAUACAGACAAGACCAAGACAAGAUGAAAAGUGAACAAGAGCGAAUUAUAGCAGAGGUACAGAAGAAACAAAAGGAGGAAAUAAAGAAGAAAGAAUAUGAUAAUCAAAAGAGGAACAAGGAAGAAGAGGAGGAGAGACAGAGAUGGGAAAGAAGAAUAAAAGAAGCUGAAAAUGACAGAAAAGAGAUUCAAGAAGAUAUUAAACGACAGCAGAGAGAAUGGGAGGAUGAGAAGAAACGAAGGUUGAGAGAACGAGAGGAAGAAGAAAGAAAAAGAAAAGAGAAACACGAGGAACAACUGAGAGAAAAACAAGAAGAGCUGGAGAAAUUGAGGAAGAGAUUUGAAAGAGAAAGAGAAGAAGAGCGACAGAAGAUGGAGGAGGAGAAACAGAAACAGAGAAGAGAAAGAGAAGAAAAAGAGAGUGAAUAUGAGGAAAAGAGACAGGAGACAAAGAGACAUUAUGAACGACUGGAACGAGAAAGAAAAGAGGAGUGGGAGAGAAGAAAACAAGAAGAUGAAGAGAGACGAGAAGAAGAGAGAAAGAGAUGGAGGAAAAUGAUUGAAGAUCUCAAAAGAGAGCAAGAAGAUGAGAAAGGUAGGAGAGAAGCCGAAGAGAAAGACAGACAAAAGAGAGAAGAGAAAGAGAGAGAUGAAAUGAAACAGAAACAUGAAGAGGAAAUAAAACAGAUAAAGAAGAAACAUGAAGAUGAAGCCAGAAAACAAGCAGAAGAACUGAAUGAUUUCAGAGAGAAAAAAGAGCAGCUCAUUCAGGAGCUUCAGCAGAUGCUGGAAGAACGUCAACAUCAACAUCAAAUACUGGAGAAAAUUUAUCAACAUCUGCAAGAACAGAAAGAAGAAGAAAUCAAAGACCUACUACGAGAAGUUGAGAGAAUGAAGAAUAAAUCCAGCUGUAACAUUCUGUGAUGGUCACCACCACCUUUCUAUUA